AUGCCCUGCUUCAAGGGUCUCGCCGUGAGUAUACACACUCCGGAUGGCCCGAUCUCCGAAUACUCCAUUCAGCGCCAAUCUCGAGCCGGUCGCAUAGCUUGCUACAUUCCUGUACCGCCUCCCAAGCUACCGGACUCUAAAUCGGCCCAACCAGAACAGUCGACUUUUGCCAUUUCUAUCACGCUCUUGAAUCCCGGCCAGGAUGUGCCUUAUUCAACUCCUAAACCGACACCCGAUAACCCCACACCAAAGCCCAAAGUAGUCGGUGGACUUCCCGGCCCCACCGAAGAGCGCGGAUCCUACUCAAGCAUGGUGAUUCCCUACAAGCCGUUGACCAAUUCCCCGAACGAGACGGUCGCUGCGUAUAUUUACUUCGACGGUCGGCAGAAGGAGGAGGUGGCCACGCUCCUGCGGAGGGGCGAAGAGACCUGGGUCAAUUCUCGCUGGGUCAGUGUUCCGGAAUCAGAGGGCGGCGGUCUGGCCGAACGCGAGUUCCUCUUCCGUGAGGUCGGACUGGAGCGGUGGCUGAAUGGGUUGGAUCUGGAAGGGAAGGAUGCAGCAGCCAAGAUUGAGCGACGACGCCAGAAGAUGGAGAAGCGUCGUUUGAAACGCGAAGAGAGCGGCGGUAUGGAUACGGACGCGAAGUCGCGGAAGGAGAGAGACACAAUGCGCUACGGAAACAAUUCGAAAUCGCCGCUAGAGGAUGUCUCCGAUGACGACAUGUCGUUCUCUGAUUCUGAUGAUGAUCCGAUGCCGGAGUCAGCCGGGCAGAUCAAAGUCGCAUUGUUUCGUGUUCUGGCCUCGGGCGAGGUCAAACGGGGAGAAUACUCGCCUCAAUUCGAUGCUCACGAUGACGAUGACGAUGUCACCGGUGGCAAUGACAACAGCGGCGCAUCGGAUGCCCAUGUUGACCACACCACGAGCUUCGCUAAGCCUAAGACGCUUGAUCCUAAGACAAUUAGCACACAAACCGUGACGAGCAUCGAUGCAUCUGAUAAACCCUACGCUACUUUCACAUUCAUGUACCGCGGAGAGCGACAACUUCAGAAGAUGGGAAUUCUCAGAGAUGCCAAAGCGCAGGAUACUCCUGGGUCUGUGAAGCGUCGGUCCAUUCAACCCGAUUUUUCCAAUCUUGGUCCGCUUAAACCUGGUGGCACCGUUGGAUUCUUGAACUUCCGAGACAGCACGGAUAAUCACAGGAAGGGCAAGAAAGGUAGAAAAGAUGUGGGCGAUGAUGAUAUGGACAGUGACGACGAUGACGAGAAUUCCAUCCUCGGUAAAGCAGAUGCGGAAGAGGACAAGGACGAUGACGUGCAUUUGUCCCCGGAGGAUCUCAGGCGGCAGGGUGAGUUGGCGGAAAGCAUCCGUAAGAUCAAGCUCAAACGGCAGCACUCGUCCGCCUCGCUGGCCACCAACACUCCCCCGACUGACACUGGAAGUCCUCGGGCGACUGGAGAGACAGCACCGUCUUCGAACCUCUCCACAACACCUCCAUUAGUGCCUCCCACAACUGCCGCUACGGAAGCCUCCAAGCCAGCGGCUAAUGCGAUUGAGGGCCAAUUUAUCGGUAGUCCUCUAAAGAAACAACGGGCUAGCGUAUCGCAAGCGGAUGAGGAUGUGAUGCGCAGACGAAUGGAGUCUGGUCUGUCUCAUGAGAUCAGUAACACUGAAUCUCCACAAUCCGCUGGAGCUACAGCAACUAAUACCGAUGCGCCGGCUGCCAAUCCUCCACCGCAUGAUUCGAUGGCUACGGAGGAGGAAGAGCUAUAA